UCAUUUGCUCAGAAAUCAUUUAGUGGCACCACGGAUAGAAAUGAAAAGCUAGGGUAUUUAACAAGCCUAACAACUCAAGUUCUUCCAAGUUUGUCCCUAGUUGAAGUGGAAGCAAAACUUUUCUCAAGAAUACUACCAAAGGUAUAUGAUGCUGUAUCAGAAGCCACUUCCAGUAUCGGAGAGAUUAUAAAGUCACUGUGUACUAGUAACAAAGAGAGACACCAUGAUAGUUUGUCAACCAUCCAGUCACUUCUGCAGGGAGUCAUGUCGUUUAUGGAGUGUCUAGAGAGGUGUGUGGGGCACAUGACUCAACUGUUGCUCACAGAUGAACUUUCUAUUAGUCAUAUGCACUCUUUGCCAUCUGCGGUUAUUCAGACUGUCAAGGAAGCGUUCAAACACUGCAAGGACAGUGAGCAGGUGUAUGGUGACUUCUUCCAUCUUGUGUCUCAGGACCUGGCCAUGUUGUUCAAGAGGACAUACCAGUUACAAAAGGCACUGAUGGAAUUGCUUGACAAGGUCCAAUUCAGUUAUGAUACAUCUGAUCAGGAUGUCAACGACAUCACAGAUGUUUGUCACCAGUUCCUGGAAGUGUGCAUUCUCAUUGGUGAUUUAGACACAAGUAUACUGGUAAACACAUGGAAGGUGCUAAAGAGACUAGUGACCAAGCACAAAGAUCACAUCAAGAAUUAUUUGGAGGUGGAGAGGUUGAUUUGCCAUCUGUGUGCUUCAAUUGAGUCCAAGCUAAUGCAAUGUAUCCAAUUUGCUCCAUACAAAGGGGAGGAAAGCUCUGAUGCUCAGAAGGUUUCUGGUUCCACUGGUGAUGAAGUAGCUCUUGGGAAGAUUCUCAAAGUUAUACGCUUUCUGGUUGGUCACCUUGCUCAUCUUGUUAAGGAAUAUGAUGGUUAUUAUGACAAGUGCUUAGAAACUGUNAAUAUUAAAGAAUGA